UGGCGUGGGUGGAACAUCUAGAUAGAUAAUGAUGGCCGCUGUCUGGUUCAUGAUUCUUUUGACAUUUUCCAUACAAAUGCAAGCUCAAGCUAAAGAUAUUCCUAUUCCCAAUUACAACAUCAAUCUUGACCUCCCUCCAAAUGAGCGCUGGAAGCAAGUAGCCAUUGACUACAGUCAAAGCCUAAAGGAACUGAUUGAUUACUUCAGAGAGAUAAUUGGAAACAACUCUUAUCACAUGCUCUCCAUCAUGGCUGCCAGCCUAGAACGUUAUUACCCUCAAGAAUAUGCUCAGGAGAUGAUGAGUUUUGUGACUUACGGUCAGAUCACAGUCGGUGACAUAGUAAUAUGGAACAUGCUUGAUGAGUUAACUGCAUACGUACAUCAGUCCUACCCUCCAUCAUCUCACUACUCCUCUUCGUCUAUUCCAUUCUUCUCCACUGAUCAUGGUGCUUGUACCAGCAUCCUUGCAACUACAAAGGCUGGUAAAAUAAUUCACGGGCGGAACCUUGACUAUGGUGGACCGUUACGUAAGCUAGCAGUGACAGUCCAUUUCCAAAGGAAUGGCAUCACGGUAUACAGUGGAACAACAUUUGCUGGCUACGUCGGAAUUUUGACUGCUGUUAAACCGGGGCGGUUCUCUAUAACACAGAACGAUCGAUACNAUGGGGACUGGACGUUAAAUGUCAAGCAAGCAUCAAUGCUGGGAACUAAUAGUUUCCUGGCUUUAAAGGUUCGCGACCUUCUUGAUGACCCUUCGUCUGAUUUUGAAAAGGUCGUGGAUACGAUCGUCAACACUCAAUUUAUAGGCCCAUUUUAUGCUAUAGUGGGAGGAGUCAGUGGAGAUGAAGGAGCUAUUAUAACUCAUAAUAGAACAGCUGGUAUUGAUGUGUGGAGACUGAACAGUUCUGAGAAUCGCUGGUUUAUACUUGAGACUAAUUACGAUCACUGGACACCACCUCCUGAAAGUGAUGACAGACGAGAUCCAGCUAAUAAAAUGAUGAAUGAGACUGGAUUAUCUAAUAUAUCUAGUGAUUCUAUAUUCAAGAUACUGUCAACUCCUCCAAUAUUGAAUGAUGGUACCAUAUUUACUGUACUGAUGUCUGCUGCUGACCCAACUCUAUAUACUGGAUGGAUUAGGGAACUGUCCUAAUAGGGAUGGUUAUUGUGUUUAAUUACUAUUAUGUAGUUAUAAUUAUACUGUUUUUUGUCUUUCAAGCUUUUCAAACUUCAUUCUUACAAGA